GUAAAUAAUACAAUUGAUUUAUAUCAUUUAAAUAAACAUUAUAUCAUGUAUUUCACCCUCUUAAACGUGCAGUCAAGUACUGAAAAUACUGAAACAUGGUGCCCAAGUACUUCUAGACAUGUUAUCAGCCGAGUAUCAAUAAUCCACGACCUUUAAUCUGGUAAUGCGAUAACCCGACAUCGUUAUACCUGAUUUCAAAGGUUCGCUGUAAACAUUGGUAAAACUUCAGAACAGGUUCCUGUGUCGUAUGAGGUGGGCGGAAAACAAAAUUCUUCUUGGUUUUUGCGGCAAAGAAAUUUAGCGUAUUAUCCCGGUGAUCCCGGACAUCCGUUAUGGGUUACCGGGGCAUCCCGGGCCUCCUGGCUGCUUUUCUCUGCCUCCUGUACCUAGGGGUGGGGUCGGCUAGGGAACCCCCCUUCGGAACUUCAGAGAGGUGCAAUGUGUCCCCUUCCUGGUCCCUCCGACAUGCCAACCAAUGGCGACAGCCCAUGCUGGAAAACCGUGGACAGGUGACGGUGGUGGCGCUGUUAAAAGCCAGCUGAGGUUUCUGCCUGACGCAGGCCUACUAUUUGGAGGACAUGCGCAGGCAGUACAUAUCUCGAUACAACAUAACCGAUAUUAAGUUUAUCGUCAUCAAUGCUGGCGACAUCCGAUCGCGUCUCAACCAUCACACGCUCCGUAGUCUUGGUUCGUACGAUCUCUAUCAGGAUUAUACACCCCUGUCACACUCAGAAACAUCACAGUCACACCCAGGAACACAUCAGGAAGAUAGUGUAUGGAAUCUUCUGAAUGGAGAUAAGGAUGAUUUCUUGAUAUAUGACAGGUGUGGCCAGUUAACCUAUCACAUCCCCUUGCCCUACUCUGCUCUAAGGUAUCCCUUCGUUCAGAUUGCCAUUGAGUCAACCUACACUGGCAGACACCCUUGUAACUGCUCUGCGGAUUACCCAACAACCACAGUAACACCUAGUACAGAACAGACUAAAACGACAUCUCCUGUCUGACGCGAAGAAGAGCUUAUAGCAUGCCGAGAGAGACAGCAACUGAUGGAGCAGGAAGAAGGCGUCACCAACGAAAGACAGAGGUGAUGCUGAUGCUGAUCGGGAGAGGUGCGCCUGGUUUCAUGACGUCCUCUCACUGGGGUAUCAUCCCAGCUGAAUCGGAUCCGUGGAUCUAGGUGAUGCUGACCUAACCAGCAAAGCGACGUAGCCGCUUCCUCCACUUCCGCCGCUCCCUCGCCGUCCAGCCCCAGUUCAACCGCAUCCCCUCAGCAAUGACAGCCAUGAGAACCAUCGACAACGUCCUCUUGACGUCAAGGUGAAGGUCAAUUGUGACAGCAGCAGCCCUCAAAGAGCUGACAACCUUGAGACACCGCCACCACAACGUCAUCAUGACGUCAGGGCCAAGGUCAACUGUGACAGCAGCAGCCCUCAAAGAGCUGACAACCUUGAGACACCGCCACCACAACGUCAUCAUGACGUCAGGGUCAAGGUCAACUGUGACAGCAGCAGCCCUCAAAGAGCUGACAACCUUGAGACACCACCAGCACAACGUCAGAAUGACGUCAGGGUCAACUCUGAAAAGGCCGAAGCUCAUGUCGUCAAUGACAAUGAUAAACUGUCUGUUGAUUUAAAGGACCACAGUAAUUUCAGUUUCGAAACAAAAAUCUUUCAAAAAUUUAUAAAUAUUUUUACAAAGAAUUUCCAUGUACAAAAGAGAAGCGAAUGAUAUUUUAUAUUAAUUUCUAUUUCCGGCUGCCUAAUUUUCAUAAUGUAAGGUGUUUUGAAAUUUUAAGGAGCAGCAAAAAUUAUAUAAACGUCAAAAAUAUUUUGAAAGUAACAUAAACGUAUUGAUUAAAAAAAGAUAAAAUUAAUUAUUUUUUAGCUUGGUCCAUUCAAUUACCAGCGACCCCAAAACCUUUUCUCGCGCAAUAUUUGAUUGCAUAUCCCUAGCCAUUCAUGAAGGUACGCAGAUAAACCGAAAGGCUCUGUUACCAGAUUCUUUAUAGUGCUAGAAGGGCAUGCACUCCAAUAUUCGCCUUACUUUCUUCUGAAAGGAUUAUUAUACGUAUGAAAACUAGUUAGCUUCUUAUUAUGCAUCACUCAUUAAUGAUUUACAUGUAACCUUAUGUAAUUAAUUUGCCAAAGAAGUAUAAUCCCAGACAACUGUCGUCUUCUCUCUCUCUUCCUCUCUCUCUUUCACGUGCUGCCUCUUUACAAAUACUUCUUUCCAAGACCCAGGUUAUUCUUUUAAAAGGUGAGUGCAAAAAGGUUAUUCUUUUAAAAGAUGAGUGCAUUUUGUGAGUGCAAAAUAAUAUUUAAUUCAAACUGGUUAAAUAAUUAUAAUUCAUGUUUUGGUCAGUAUUAUUUACGUCGAAUUGUCAUAUGUGCUUUUAAAGCAUAUUCAAUUUCUAUGCAAUUAUGGUUUUACCACCAGAUAUAAGUGUGUCAUGUUUAUUUCAAUGAAAUUUAGACUCAUCUCGUCUACUGGUUAUGAUUUAUGAUAUUCCAUAGAAUGUAAAGAUUUCAUUCUCAAGAAUUUAUUUAUUUAUUUCUGAUAUAAAAUAAAGAUUAGGAUAUAAUUGUCAGUGUUAUAGAAUAGUUUACACUUUGUCUGUAUUUCCGAUGUCCCAUUUAGAAAAAUCAGAAUCUGUGUUUUAUUUUGUCGCUAGUUUUGUUCGUUUUAGACAUUUUCAUUGGGUGCUUUGGGUCUGUCUAUCUUUCCGUGUAAACAAAAAUUAAGUGUUUAUGGUCUAAAGUAAGAGGAAGAUUAAGAGUAAGAGCAAGAGCAGUAACACAGAGUCUUUAUAUGGAUGGGAUAUUUCCCUUCAAAUACAGCUGUGAUUUUUUUUUAAAUGGGAUAUUAUCUUCCUAACAAAAUGGAAGAAUAUAGACCUGGGUGGAGAGAGGUAAUGCAGAUAAACUUAAUUCUUAACCCAACAGCAAAAAACGGGAUGAAAUUCCCUCAAACGAAGAUGAAGGCUUUGAACUUUGUAUCCACUUAUUCAAGUCAGGAAGUGCUUUUAAGGGGAAGUCCAACUAGAUUAAAAAAUGCUCUUAAAACUGAUAGAAUGUGGGAUUAACUAGUCUAUUGAAAUGUUAAAUUAUGAUUAAAAAUAGGAAAUUUAUUUAUUUUGAAGGUGUGACUCAUAAACUUAAAUAAAAUCAAGACUAUAUCUUUUUUAUUUUUAAUCAACAUUUACUCUAAAUUUCACGUGUCCCUCUUAAUUAGUGUUUUUUUAUUCCUGGUAGUCUUAAAAAAAAACCCAUGAUAUUCUGUUCUUCUUUUCAACUUCUUUCUUAUUCUCUUUUCACAUUCCCGUCUUCUUCAUUUUAAUUUAUGGUCAUAAACUGUAGGUAGAUUUAGCAAAUAAAGUUGUUCUUUCUACUUUUUCCUUUUUGUGUUGUUUUCACCAUGUUAACAUUCAUGCAUUUUCUUCUUUUUCAAUUUCUGUCAGUAACUUGUUAAAUGAAAGUGCAUAGAUUUAGCAAAUUAGUUAUAGCUAAGAAAAUAGUCUUCAUUUUUUCUGUAAUGUACAAUUUUCUCUUCUUCCAUUUUGUUCUUUCUUUAAUUUCCCUUUUUGUAAAUUGUGUGCUUGUAAAGAUUAUAGGGAUUAGCUGUAACAAUAUUAAUAAUAUUUUGUGCGUUGUAUGUACUCGUAUAAAUCGAACCCAAGACUUUCUCUCUUUUCAAAAUCGUGUAUUCAUGACAAACAUUUGAUAACCCACGCUUGCGUGGAUCAAAAGUAUUCGAAAAAAAUAACACAUUUAUGGAAAGGAGAGAAAAGAUUGGUGGAUUUGGGAGUAUUUUUUGUCUGAAAUGAAUGUAUUGAAUAAAAAUAAGACAUUAAAUUGA